GAGAGUCACACACAAAGCACACUGAAAGAGGAGUCUCUACUAUUGUUAUUUUGCAUCUUGUUUUAUUUUAUUCGCCAGCAUCCUCCACGUACUUACUAAACGCGCACAAAUCCGUGUUCCUACGCUAGACGCGCCAAAACAGACUGCCGUGAGCGCCGACGGUAUAAAUAAGCGUGCUGGUAUAGCGACUGCAGAGACAGUGGAAAUCGGUCUUCUUGAUGUCACGAAGCUGGGUACUUAGUACCGCGAAAAACCAACCGGACUGAGUUUUAGCGGAAAUUGAGCUGGGAUUGGCGGCAGUGUUUGCAAAUAUUGGGUUUUGAACAUUUCUAUCUGGAUAUCUAGCGGUGGCAAGGUGUAAUUUACGAGCUUUCGAGCGCACUCUUUGCGGGAGAGAGACCACAGAGGAGGUUUGGAUCCACUGAAGCGCUGCUUUUUACUGCGCGAGUUCUUCCGUUGCAUGACUUGCUUUAACAUUCUUCGAACGCUGAUCUUACCUGAGAUAAACGCGCUAAGAAACCUGGGGGCGAAAUAGAAAACACAAUUGAGAAACGCUAACGGUAAGACAAACGCAAUUUAGAAACCCGAGUUGUGGCGCUUGUAUUAGUGCUUCCAUCUCAUGCCACUUGACUGACAUAAAGGAGUGAAGGAGGCCUUAAGGGAAAGCACACAGAAUUGCCGUGUUUAUUGACUCAGUAUACGGCCGUCUGUAGAGUACGCCAUGUCGCAACCUAACCUAACAACACGACUGAACCAAAGUACCGUGAUAUGCGGAGGAGACCCAACGCUGUACUCAACCGAGGCCUGGUACUGGAUUUUACGAGGUUUAAUCGCUUUUAUUACGAUAUUCGGCAACGGACUCGUCAUAUAUCUGGUGUCGUUCCGAAAACCACUGCGCGAUCAACCGUCGCCUAAUUGGUUCGUCAUGUCACUAGCGCUCGCGGACUUUUGUGUUGGCGCCUUUAACUUCCCUACAAUGUUUGUCUACGCGUUUACGUUCAACUGCUUUUCGCAGCCGUCGAGCUGGACAUGGCCUAUCCUAGGGUUCUGCAUGAACGUGUUUCUGGACGCGUCCAUCACGAACUUGACCCUCCUGACUUUAGAUAGGUACUUGGCGGUAGUGCACCCGUUUACUUACGAGUCUUUCAUGACUUCGUCGCGCGCCGCCGGAAUGAUCGUGUCCGCGUGGGGGAUAACGGUCAUACUAGAGAUUCCGUAUCUCGUGUUGGAUAUACAGCGCGCCGGAGACGAGGCGUACACCAUUCACUUGUGGCUCUACAUGGUGAUUUUUACUUUCCUUCCAUGUGUAUUUAUGCUGUACGCGUACACGAGAAUACUGAUAGUGGCACGAAGACAUCGGAAGGAGAUCUCGGCGAGAUUAAAGCGGAUGGCGUCAUUUAGCGAGUCUACUGAUGUGGCGCUUGCCCAGAGGGGGAAUAAAAAUGGGGCUAUGUACACAGUCGGUAUCAUUGUGGGCAUAUUUCUGCUCUGUAAUAGUUUCGUACAGUAUAGGCUCUCGUGUUUUCUAUCGCCAUCCUGCAGCAUGUCCGCUGCAGAGAGCUACUUAUUCCUACUACUGCGGUACGCGAACUCUGCGCCUAACUUUAUUGUUUAUGCGUUUAUGAAGAGCGACUUUCGCCGAGAGAUCUACGCACUGUACAAGAAAAAGGGACGGCUUGCAGCCGUUCGGCGCUAUGCUAAGUGACGUCACGUUAGUUCAUCUCUCUGUGUUCCCCGUCUUCAAUAGAACACUCGAAACCGGGUAGAAUUGCGGGUUUUGGGUUAAUUGACGCUUGCCUUUCACCUGUUGGCGUUUUAGAUGAAGUCCCCUAUUCUUGGGUGCUGCUUAAAAAUAUGUAAAUGACUUAAGCUUUUGAAAUGAACGGAACAUAUGUUAUCCGGUUCUGAUUUUUUAUUUUUAUUUUUAUUAUUCUAUUCUGUGCUGGGUAUUUGUAGUAUUUGCAUGAGAAAAAUAAAGGGGAAUUGAAAACAA